CGUCCGACGAGCUCGUCGCGGCCAUGGACCCUCCCGUCGGCGCCGUCGUCGCUGUGCCCCCCGGCCGCGGCACCGUCCGUUUCUGCGGCGCCACGUCGUUUGCUCCGGGGAAAUGGGUCGGCGUCGAGCUCAACGAGCCCAACGGCAAGAACGACGGCUCGAUCAACGGCGUGCCCUACUUCAGCUGCCGUAUGGGCUUCGGCGUCUUCGUCCGCCCCAGCCAGGUCAAGCUCGUCAGCGCGGAGCCCGAUCCACCGCUCAUCCCCGCCUCGUCGAGUCGUGCAACGCUCGGCCACCAACGCACGAACAGCGGCAUCUCCCUCGCUACCCGCCAACGCACGAACAGCGGCGCGGGAUUGAAUCCGGCUUUGGUCCGCGCACCCUCCACCCGCUCUGUGCCCUCGCCCCGCUCCGUUAGCCCCGCCAAGUCCGGCGCACCGUCCCCCGCGCCCGGAUCACGUCUCACCGCCGCCUCUCCCAGCAAACGCGCCUCUCUCGCGCCGGCACCUCGCAAGUCCCUCACCAGAACGACCUCGCUCGCUCAAGAUGCUCGCUCCUCUGUCCCUCAAACACCCCGCACCCCGACCACGCCAACCGCACCUCCGCCGCCCGCGACAGUCCGCACCGAACCGAUCGCAUCCCCCACCGUCGUACCUCCACCCGCCGCCCCCCGCAACUCCUCCCCGCUCGCGUUCCGGGCACCUUCUCGCGCUUCCUCGUCCGUGCCCGAUACUCUCGCGCACGAUCUCCCGCCUCCUCCAGUCGACGACAGUGAGCUCCAAGAACUCCGCGCCAAGAUUCGCGUGCUGGAGGCUCACCGGACAGAUGAUGCUCGCCGUGUGCGUGAACUUGAAACGCGCCUGUCCGAGGCCGAGUCCUUCGUCGCCCUCCGCCCCAAGCUUCAAGCCAAGCUACAGGCCCAGCAGACCGAGCUGAUCGAGGCUCGCCGUGCCCUUGCCGACGCUCGCGGCGCGUCCGAGAGCGCCGAUGCACGCAUGCUGGACGUACAGGAGCAACUUGAGAUGGCCACGCUUGACAAGGAAAUGGCCGAGGAGCGCGCUGAGGCAGCUGAAAUCGAGCUCGAGGAGGUUAAGGAGCGCCUUGCCAUGGCCGAGGUCGAGUUGGAUGUGCUCAAGGAGGAGAGGGAACUUGACGGCGACGCAGGUCCCGCAGACGGCGGCAAGAGUACGCUCGCGUAUAUUCAGUUGGAGAAGCAAAACGAGAGGCUGAAGGAGGCCUUGGUGCGAUUGCGGGACAUGUCCCAGGAGACGGAGCAAGAACAGAGGAGAAGAAUUGCCGAAAUGGAGAAGGAUAUCAUGAGUAUCGAUGACCUCCAAGGGCAAUACGAGACCACGCUAGGCAGACUCGCCAACGCCGAGGCGCAAGUUGAAGAUCUCAAGCUUCAACUCGACGACGCGAUGGGCGCCGAAGAAAUGCUCGUCCAACUCACCGAGCGUAAUCUAUUAUACAGCGAGAAAAUCGAGGAAAUGCGGAUCACCAUCGAGGACCUCGAAGCUCUCAAAGAGCUGAACGACGAGCUGGAGGAGAACCACAUGGAGACCGAAAAGGCCAUGCAGGAGGAUAUCGAUCGGAAGGACAUGCUCAUUCGCGAGCGCGACCAGAAAAUCGAAAGCCUCGAAGAUGCCUGUCUAGAUCUCGACAAUACCAUCAGUCAGUUCAGGGAUCUUGUGAUGCAGCUGCAAAGCGAACUGGACACCUUGCGUAUGCAGACUCAGACGGCACAGACGGAAUCAACGACGGCUGCGUCCCAGGCUGCGGCGAUGAUGUCUCUCAACCUCAAGCUCCAGUCUUCAGCGUCCAAGAACCAGGCUCGUGGUAUAGAACUCGAGCUUAGGGCCAUGGAAGCGCGGGAAGCGCGGGAAUUACUGGGUAUCAUUCAGCCAUACCUGCCGCAACUCUAUGUCGACUCGGACUCAGAUGCCACGAGCUGCUACCUCUUUUUCCAGCGACUUGCGGGCAAGAUGGACCUGGUCAACUCUGUCGUCGCGUCUGCUCACAGCCUGCCCGAGUCUCUCAACGGGCCCGUUUCCGAGACGCUGGUCGGCAUCUGCGAAAUGCGCGGUCGCAUCUCGAGCCUGUCCACGCUCUGCAAGCGUUUCGCCGCCAUCCUCCGGCGCUGCGACCCGCAAUCGUUCCUCGACAUCGGACGGAUCUAUCCUGAAAUUGCCCCUAUGGAGAAGCGCAUCGACAUGCACAUUGAGCUCCUCCGCCGCGACGAGUUCAGAGAGAUGGAAUGUGUUAGCGACGUCGCCAAGAUAUAUGCACAGUUCAAGCACCUUGGCGAGACAUUUUUCGAUGACUUUGAUCAUGACCUCGGCGAGCGCGAGCUCGGAUAUGCUCUAUCCUUUGACCAUGACCUUGACAUGUUCGCUGCGGCCGUUGGGCUCAGCAAGACGCAGAUUGCACAGACCCUCAAAGACGAAGACAUCAUUGUCGAACUGGGAGACCUGGACGCCGAGGAGGCGUUGUUCGAGCCCAUGCAGAAGCUUCUGGAUCAAUGCAAGACUGCCAAGGUUCUGUCACGGAAGCUUACCAAGCGACUGGAAGAACUGAUCCAAGACUCGAAUGCGUUGAAACCGCACCUCAUCCCUCAAUUGCAGUCGCUCAACAAUGCCGUGCCUGAACUUACCAAUUUUGCCAUCUCCCUCGCGCAGCAGAUAAUGCCACACAUCAGCGACGCUCGGAGCUCGAAGGCUCCGUUCCAACUAUCUACUAUCCUUUCCUAUGUCCGCCAGACCGCAGGAUCGACGGUAUGCAAAGGCAGGAAAGACGGGAGCACGUCAUGGGAGGCCAUCGGCGAAUCCGUCUUGCACGUCGUGCAGGAAGUUGGCGACAUGCUUCCCCUCGCCUUGGAGCCGGACAACGUUAUCAAGGUAUCCGGCAAAGCGCCGUGGGUCGUCCGCAUUGACGAGAUCAAAGCGAGCCUAGCCGUCAACCUGGAAGCCGAGAGGAAACUUGCGCAGCUGAACGACGAAGUGCAAGGCCUCGUGCGCGGCCUUAAAGCCAAGGACCAACACAUUCAGGAGGCGUCCGUCAAGAUUGAAUUGAUGGAACGUCGUAUGGAAGCAGUGAAGAAGCAGGCCGAAAUGAUCACCGAACUAGAGGAGCAGUUGAACAAGGCGAGGAAGCAGGAGCGCACGUACGAGGAGGCGAUGGAGCAACUGCAGGCGGAGUACGACGCUUUGGUACAGGAAAAUACAAAGCUGAAGACCAUGGCACCCGCGCAAGAGCGUCCCGUGCCCGGUGCCCAGGUUGCCGAACCGGAGACUCUGGCUGUCGAAGGGAACAUCGAAACUUCUUACUUGUUGGAGCAGCUGGAAGCUUUACGGGGCACCGUCCGAUUCCUCAGAACGGAGAACGCGUACCUCAAAGGUCAAGACUUGCUGAGAGAAAUCCAAUCUUUGCCACCGCUUCCCGAGCCUGCACCGAGGACCCCCACUCCCCCGCUGGAUCCUUCUCUUUCAGAUUCAGCGUCCGACGACUCAGACUCAGAGUUGGCAACACGCCCGCUCACCCUUCGGUCGCUCGCGACGGAGACGAAGAUACUGUAUCGGGACGUAAUCAAGUUCUCUUCUUCGCCCAAAGUCGUAGAUCUCUCUGUGCGCAGUGCUGGACGAUCUUGGAUGCCAAAGAAGAAGACGCCUGCAUACCAGGUUUGGGAGAGGAAGAUGGAGGCCGAGAGGCUGAGCAGGCGUGUGCAUGGAUUGAUGGAGCGAGCGAGGGCCAUCAGCUGAUUUACCUAGAGAGUACCUCCUUUCAUUGCAUCUAAGUUACCUUAUCUUUAUCAUCAUCGUGAAACUUCGACCGAACGUGCCCCUG